AUGCCGAACCCAAUCCGUGAAGACCUCGCCAAGCGCGAUGAGACCUCUUUUCUCUACAUCUUCGAACAAAAUGUCACCAUUUCGUUGAAGGAUAAAUCUGGACUCGUUCGAUGCAACGUUUAUCGUCCUAAGGGGCUGGAGAAGGCGCCUGUGCUCGUGACCUACGGUCCCUACGGAAAGGAUAUCCCCUAUGCCGAUUUCCACCCCCAAUCAUUCAGCGAAGUCAACCCCGAACAUCGCUCGGAACACUCAGCGUGGGAGACUCCUGAUCCCGGCUUCUGGACUCAACAUGGAUAUGCUGUGGUCCGAGCAGACGAGCGGGGUACUGGCCAGUCGCGUGGCAAGCUAGACACCAUGUCUCGGGAGACUAGCGAGGCUUUCUUCGACGUGGUCGAGUGGGCUGCUGAGCAGCCAUGGUCUACAGGCAAGGUCGGCUUGCUGGGUAUUAGCUACUAUGCUGGAAGCCAAUGGCGAGUCAGCGCCCGCCAGCCCAAGGGCUUGAGCUGCAUUAUUCCCUGGGAAGGCAUGUCCGACUACUACCGCGACCGCUGCCGCCACGGCGGUAUUCUUUCCAACAAGUUCAUCAAGUUCUGGUGGGAUCGACAGGUGGUAUCGAAUCAAUAUGGACGCCCUGGUCGGGCCGCGCGCAAUUGGGGUCCCGAUACCAUCGAAGGCGAUCUCUCCGAGGAGGAACUGGAGGCCAACCGUCAAGACCAGACGAUUGACAACGCCAACAACCAUUUCCGCGAUGAUACAUACUAUGCCAGCAAGGAGUACACCAUGACGGAUAUUCAGGUACCCCUUCUCUCGGUUGCAAACUGGGGUGGGAUCCUCUUGCACCUUCGUGGCAACGUCGAGGGAUACACCCAAGCGGGCAGUGAGCUGAAAUAUCUGCGCUUCAUCACAGGCCGUCACGAUCUACCCUUCUACUACAAGGAGGAAGUCGAGGUGCAGCGGAGCUUCCUCGAUGCUUUUCUGAAGGGCGAAGAUCGCGCCGGUUGGGCAGAUGGCACUGCUCCCAAGGUCGACGUGGUCCUCCGCAAGGGAGAUGUGGGCUUCAACAAUGCCGAAGCAGAGAAGCAGUUCCCGCGCCGACAGGAGAACGAGUGGCCGAUUGCACGCACGCAGUACACUCGCUACUAUCUCACCUCGAAGCAGGAACUGGUCCCGGAGGCCCCUAAGGAAAGGCCGGUCAAGAUCACGUACCGCGCUCUGGGCAACCUCGACGAGCCACAGCUGGUGCAGUUCACAACUGCGCCGUUUGAGCAGGAGACGGAAAUCACCGGGCACAUUGUGGCCCACCUCAACGUGUCGAUGAGCCCCGAGCCCGGACGUCCGACGCCCAAGGAUAUGGAUCUCUUCCUCACCCUGCGCCAUAUCUCGCCGGAGGGCAAGGAGGUGUUCUAUACCGGCACUGCAGGCGAUCCGGUGCCACUGUGCAAGGGCUGGCAGCGCGUCAGCCUGCGCAAGGUUAACACGGAGCACCCGCGCAACCGGCCAUGGUUGCCCCAUCGCGACUAUUACUCCACGGAUGUGCUGCCGGUGGUGCCGGGCGAGGUGUACGCGGUGGAGGUAGAGGUGUGGCCAACCAAUGUGGUGGUGGAGAAGGGAGGCAAGAUCGGUUUCGAGGUGUCUUCGGGCGACACGCAGGGGUCGGGCCUGUUCCAGCACAAUUCCCCGGUUGACCGGUCUGAGGAGAAGUUCCAGGGCUUUAACCACAUCAAUUUCGGGCAUGGUGACAAUUACGUGACUUUGCCGAUUAUUCCGCCGAGAGAGUAGAGAUGCAGGGAUUGGAGUGUAGCUAGAUUGCCGAAGAAUGAAUGACAUAGAGUGUGGAC